AUUUAAGUGGCCACCCACCACCAGGCUCACCUCCGCAGGAUCGCCCACCAGCCCACUGUCCAGUGCAGGCCCCCACGUCCACUCCCACCCAAGUUGCAGGAUGUCGAUGACAGACUUGCUCAGCGCUGAGGACAUCAAGAAGGCGAUCGGAGCCUUUGCUGCCGUCGAUUCCUUUGACCACAAAAAGUUCUUCCAAAUGGUGGGUCUGAAGAAGAAGAGUGCGGACGACGUGAAGAAGGUCUUCCACAUCCUGGACAAGGACAAGAGCGGCUUCAUCGAGGAGGAUGAGCUGGGAUUCAUCCUAAAAGGCUUCUCCCCAGAUGCCAGGGACCUGUCUGCGAAGGAAACCAAGACGCUCCUGGCUGCUGGAGACAAGGAUGGGGACGGCAAGAUUGGGGUUGACGAAUUCUCCACUCUGGUGUCUGAAAGCUAAGAGGCGCUGACUGCCCUGGGUCCUCCACCUCUCUGCUCCCAACACCCCAUCUCGGCCCGUCUUGCCCCCUCUUGAGUUUCUGUUCCGUUUAUAUAUGUUAUUUUUUACUCCCCCAUCCCCUGUGGCUCUCAAAUGACACCAUUCUUCUGGAAAAUGCUGGAGAAACAAUAAAGGUUGUACCAAUCGGA